CCCCUAUAAAAUGAAUCUGUCACUCUCUCACUCUACAGCUCUAACACGUUCUCCCUCUUCUUCCUCGCCAUGGCGAACCCUAAUUCUCUCCUUUCGCUGAUCCUCCUCUCCCUCCUUGCAAUCUCCUCUGCGAAAGUCUUCUUCGAGGAACGUUUUGAUGAUGGGUGGGAAACGAGAUGGGUCAAAUCUGAUUGGAAGAAAGAUGAGAAUACAGCCGGUGAGUGGAACUACACUUCUGGCAAGUGGAAUGGAGACCCUAAUGACAGAGGUAUCCAGACUAGUGAAGAUCUCAGGUUCUAUGGUAUUUCAGCUGAGUUCCCAGAGUUCAGUAAUAAAGAUAAGACUCUAGUUUUCCAAUUUUCUGUCAAGCAUGAACAAAAGCUUGACUGUGGUGGUGGCUACAUGAAGUUGCUUAGUGGUGAGGUUGACCAGAAGAAAUUUGGUGGUGAUACCGCAUACAGUAUCAUGUUUGGACCAGAUAUCUGUGGCUACAGCACCAAGAAAGUACAUACAAUCCUUAAUUACAAUGGAUCAAACCACUUGAUCAAGAAGGAAGUUCCUUGUGAAACUGAUCAACUCACUCAUGUUUACACACUCAUCAUCCGUCCAGAUGCAACAUAUAGCAUCCUUGUUGACAAUGUUGAGAAGCAAACUGGUAGUUUGUACUCUGAUUGGGACCUUCUUCCACCAAAGACAAUCAAGGAUCCAGAUGCCAAGAAACCUGAAGAUUGGGAUGACAAUGAGUAUAUUCCGGACCCUGAGGAUAAGAAACCAGAGGGUUAUGAUGACAUUCCAAAGGAGAUUCCAGAUCCUGAUGCAAAGAAGCCUGAGGAUUGGGAUGAUGAGGAGGAUGGUGAAUGGACUCCCCCAACCAUUGCCAACCCUGAAUAUAAGGGUCCAUGGAAGCCCAAGAAAAUUAAGAACCCCAAUUACAAGGGCAAGUGGAAGGCACCAAAGAUUGACAACCCUGAUUUCAAGGAUGAUCCAGAUCUCUAUGUAUACCCUAACUUGAAGUAUGUUGGUAUUGAAUUGUGGCAGGUGAAAUCUGGAACCUUGUUUGACAAUGUCUUGAUUUGUGAUGAUCCUGAGUAUGCAAAGAAGCUGGCUGAAGAAACAUGGGGAAAGAACAAGGAUGCUGAGAGGGCUGCGUUUGAGGAGGCAGAGAAGAAGAAAGAAGAAGAGGAAUCCAAGGAUGAUCCAGCUGAUUCUGAUGUUGAUGAAGAUGAGGAUGAUGAUGCUGAUGACACUGAAGGAGAGGAUGAUGGUGAAGGAAAAUCAGAUGGAGCAGAAGACAGUGCUGAAAGCAAAGAUGAAGUACAUGAUGAGCUGUAGAGAUGAAGUACUCAUCAGUCUAGAAAUGAGCCAGGGCAUGAAGCAGUGCUUCUUAAAUUUUCUGUUUUCUCUGGAUUCUUAUUUGUAGAAUUUAUGUUAGGGAAGAAAAUAGAGUUGAAAUUUGCAUGCAAACUGCGUGGCUGAUUCCAUUUAAAAGUGGCUGAGCCUUUAGAACAAAGAGGAUGUCUUUUUAUCAUAACAAUUAUGAAAUAGUUCGAAUGUUCCAAUA